ACACAAAUGGUGACCAAAUUUCAAAACGCAAAAACUAAAACAAUUUCUACUGAUUAUUAUAUGAAACAUUACAAUGAAUUCAAAUUCAAAGUCAAGGAUCUGUUCGUAAUAUACCCCACAUUUCAAUGGGAAAGUCUGUUGAGAAAGAUAUUUCCCAAUUUGGGACCGGAAGACACUAUAUUUAUUCCGGACAUUAAUUUUGUGCAGAAGUUCCCGGAAAUUAUCCGCACAACUGAAAAGAGAGCACUGGCCAACUAUUUUGCAAUAAUAACCAUCACAAAUCUGGGCGAACACACCACGACCAAGAUGUAUGAAUUCAUUAAUGAUGAGAAAUUAGACGCACCGGAAAUACUGCCAAACAUAUGUUACGGCUAUUUGAAGGACUUGUUGCCCGAUCUGUUGGGCCGCCUCUUUGUGGACAAAUAUUUUAGCCCCAAAUACGUGCGCGAAAUGAAUGAAUUGACACAAUUAGUUCAAAAAUCAUUUUUAAUAUCCAUUACUGAAAAUGAAUGGAUGGAUAUACAGACAAAGGCGGAGGCGAUGAGAAAAGUGGAUUAUAUUAAACAUAAGGUCGCUUAUCCCGAGUGGACAAUGAGAGACCAUUUGCUUGAGCAAUAUUAUCAAUCGUAUAACGACAUAUCGAUCGACAACUACUUUACAUCGGCGGCCAAU